AUGGCCGCCUCCGCUCCCAUCCGCCUCCUCUCCCCCUCCCACUCGCCAUGGCCGCCACAAGAUCUGAACCCUAGGCCCGUACCGCGCCUCCACGCGUCGCCGGCGCGCCACCACCAUCUCCUCACCGCCCGCUGCGCGUUGUCCCCGCCGUCACUUGACUUCCCGCUCCUCCCGUUCCAGCCCGUGGAGGCCUUGUACAAGAGGAAAAAUUCUUUUGUUCACUUCGUGCUUGAUCCAGUUGUAGAUAGCUCUACUCCAGCUUCAUUUGUUGUAAGAUAA